AUGCCGUGCAACGUCUACAAUGAAGAAGAAGACGAAGAAGGGACGCACGUUAGGAUAGAGGCUAAAUCCAAAAAACCCUUUUCUCCCAAAGGAGGAAAGAAGCUAACACAGAAAGGAAAAGAUUCCAUAGGGACCAAACUUGGUGGAAAACCAGGCGGUAAGCCAGGUGGUAAGAAGCCCUUCAAACCGUACAACAACACAGAGAGGAAAGGCAGGCCGGGGAAAGGGCCACAGAAGAGGAAAAUGCCGUUUAAAGGGAAAAAUAAAGAAGAGGGUGGUGGAGGUCCGGAGGCCAAGAGGAUGAAGAAAGGUGAGUUUAAGCCGAAGACGAAGGAGCUGACGGAGGAGGAGCUGAAGAAGAAUAGGCAGCAGAGGAAGAAGGAUCUGAAGAAGAGCAGACAGUAGGCGGAGAGGAAGGACAUGUUCCAGAUCAUCUGUCAAUGCAAACAAGUGUGGGGAGACCUC